AUGCGCUACAACCUCGUGGCCCCACAUCCUUCACCUCCGUCCCCUGUCAAGGUUACGUUUUGUCUUCUUAAUUCUUGUUAUUAUCCUUUCUUCUUGUGUUUUGAUUGAUUCGAGUGGAAUUAUAGAUAAGUCGAUCGAAUUUUUCCGAUUUCGUCUUCAUUUAUAUGUUUUUUUCUAAACGUCCUUUUUUGAAGCAAAACAUUUGCUGAUUUUUUUUCCAUUCCAAAAUUUUCCCACGGUUCUUCAUGUUUCCCAGCAUCGCAAGCAUCAAGGCUUUUUUCGUUGUUUUGUUUUGAGAAGUGUCUUAUCGCAAAUUACGGCUCGUCUUCUUAUCGUCGAAGGUGGUCUCCUCGGUGUCUGCCGCAUGUGCUUGUCACGAAUGACCGUUCGACCUCGCGUCGACCUGCCGUACAAGGCAAACGCCCAUAAAGCCCAUUGUGUGCACGUAUAUCGAUCUCAUCCCAGAUGUAACACCAGGCCACAUUAUAUAUUCAGCAUCUGUAGCUUUUGAUUCUUUCUCGUUGCCUUCUUGAAAAAUGGAAAAAACUCUUUUCUUCAAAAUAGUUUUAAAUUAUGACGUUACUUAGAGAAUCGUCGCCCAUAAUGUCUUUCGCAUCGUCAUAGUCGAUCUAGAGGACCUAAGCCUUUUUCGCAUAAUAAAGGGAAGGUUCAAAGUAAACAUUAGACAGAGCAGCGAUUUUCACACCUCGUGCGAUUUUAUUCAGUUUCCCAAGGGGCAGACAGUCUCGACCGCGUGGAUUCCCAGGCCUGAUAUUGGUCCGUCAGCUGUUUGCCGCGUUGUUCUCGCGACGACUGGACACAAGACGACGAGGGAGCGCGUUAGAGUGCGAAGCGGACCGCUGAAGCAGAUACAAGCCUUCGUCUUAUUACGAUUCCCAUCUUCGUUCUCGCUUUCAUCUUCCUUUCCUGGUUCGUCCAGCCGACUUACCACUGUAACUCGUCCUCGUCUGCUUAUGUAUAAGCUUCCGAGCAGUCAACUUCCCAAACACCUUUUGUUUGUUUACCGGCCUUCUCUCACUUCACUUUUCUCUCAAUAUACUAUUAUUUUUGCUCUCAGGCCUUUAGUUGAAUGUUCUGCGUCUUUUUCUCAUGAAUCUUCGUUCCUUCCGUUUCGAUUCGGCGGGAGUUAUUCAAUGAUUCGGAAAAAUUGAUUAUUUGAGAGAUCCGCGGGUUUUCAUACAUUUCCAACGCCAUCGGUCAGAGUUGAAAUAUGAAGUAGAUCACUGAAGUAACACAAAACCGGCUCUUCGCUUUGAGACUUUCCAGAAUUUUUUGGUUUGCUUCAUUGAACAGUCCAGCAAGGAUUUUAAAACAAACUAUACUUUCAAAGUUUUUAAAUAUAUGUGCUGACCAGAUUAACGAUAUACUCAAUGAAUAAAAUAGCUCUUGUAAGAUAACUUUUUUUUUUUCCUAAAAGAUAAUAUGAAUAGAAAAUUUUUGGCUUCAAUUUUGACUGUUAUCAAAGUUUUCCAGAACACCUCGUUUGGAACUUCCUAACAAAGCACAAACUUCAUGAUUUUUUUAUAAACAUCUUAUGGUUGUUCCUUCGUGGACGAUAAGAUAAACAAGGAAGAAGAAGAAAUGCUUGUUUAGAGUUAGCAUAUUUGUAACCCAUAUGCGCAAAAAUUAUGAUAAUGCGGUGGUCCUGCAUAUUGUCCGUAGUGUAAAUAGGCGUGAAGGACGAUGACCGUCCAAAUGUUUGGGCACGAAGGUGUUAUCAUUCGGCACGUCUAUUCUGCAGCUGACGUUCAGUCUCCCUCCUACUUUCCAUUCUCCUGCUGGAGGCUCGCAUUCCACAUCGAUAAAUCUGAAGUGAGACUUUCGAAAAAUCUUUGAGGAUGAAAGAAUUUUUGAUUUUGGCAAAAAAUCGUUUUCAUUUAUUAUUUUAUUUUAUUCAAUUUCAUCAGCUUUUACUUUUAUGUAGCUUCUUGCCAGUCUACUCGCUUUGAUAGAUGUUUAAAAAAAAGUAAAAGAUGAUAUUGACGUUAAUCUUACUUUUUUUCAAAAAUCUGUUUUUGAAGCUUUUUUUGAUUUUAGGUCCUUCAUUAAAAAAAUAUUUUUUUCCCUCAUCAUUUUGUUUUAAAUCUUUUUUUAAUGUAAUGAGGUCAAAUGAUCAUUAAAAAUCAAUAGCAAGUGAUUUUUUUCUUGGAAGCUGAAAUCUACCAUUCCUACAACAGUCUUUUUUUAUCGCAGGUCAUAGAAGUUGUCGAUUUGAUCAUACCUUCCAAGUUCAACUCUUUUAUUAGAAAAUUCGUGAGACGGCAGCUGCUUUGUUUCGAUCUGGCAGAAGUGAACUUGAGAAAUAAAGGGUUGCUCGCGAAAGAAGGGGCGUUGGACCUGAUGAGAGAAGCGGCCCCUGAAGAACAUCUCUUGUUCAAAGUUGCCCAAGUCACGCGCCUUUCCAAUUUUCGAGAAAAUUUUGUCCGUCUCUACCAUUUUGCGGUCUAGUCCUCUGUUUCUAUGCAGCGUUUCCUACAUGUGAGUUGAGGUCAAGGAUGUGCUUCUGUCUGCUUGGAUCCAAGCGCACAAUCUGUCAGAACUCGAUUAUCGUUCAAUUCAAGGGAUUUUCGCAACCAGCUCUUUUUCAAUUAAUUCUCUUGACUCCCAGAGUUCGCCUGUGGCAAUAACGCGUUUCAAUCAAACCUUAAGUUCUUUUCUGCUUACCACUUUUAAAAGGUUUCAUAUCUUCGUUUUCUGAACUCAAGUAAGAAUCAAUGAAUAACCUUUUUUCAUUCUUCAGACAUAAAGACCCGCAAAUCCAUUCUAACGAGCUUACUAGUUCAAUUCUCCAUUUUUUCAACUCUGAAAAGGAAGGCGGCUAUGAUGUAAGGGCAGAAAACAACGUACACAUAGAUGUGGAGACAGAUCGUUUUGUCGACGCAACAGCGCGUGCAAACCUCCGCCCUCUGCAUAAUGUCUGCGGAUCUGCGCAUUGAAAUUCUCCUUCGGCCGUUGCACUCUUUUUUUUCUUCUUGAUCAAACUUUAUGAGCGGGUAGUCGUUUCUGUGUAAAGUGCGUCGCCAAUUCUCCGUACAUUAAUAAAGUACACAUUUUUUCCCGAAAUUAUCGAUUUUUUUAUUUUUUUUUUAGGGCGUUGUGCACUUAAAAAUCGAUGUUCAUUUUUUUGCACUCAAAUAAUGUAUAAAGCGUUAAGAACAAUGUUCCUGGUACGAGUCAUAGAAGAAGAAACAUACUAGCGGCUUUCCUCGGACUUCAUGAUGUAUGUUCGUUUUACAGACGCCAGCGGAGGUGGCGCUCCAGGCGGGAAAUCCAAGAGCCGCUGAGAUGAACGCGACAACCUCGCUCGUCGAGACCGUCAACAUCAACCUCGACGACUUUUCCGAGACCUUCCUCACCUGUUCCACCUGUCUCUACACUUACGAUCAGGUACCUUCGUUGUAUAUAUCUUCGAUCUCUCGUUGAUGAGCCUCAAUGACAGAUCAAGAUUCAAAAUGUGCGUUCCAGAAAAAAUAACGAAUUUCUUCGGUAGAAAAGGCAUAGUUUUUUAGUUUAAAGAAAGUAGGAGGAAAUUUCAAUCAUUAAUGGAGAGAGAAAAAAAGGAGUUUAGAUGUCUAUGUGUGAGAAAAAGAAAAGUCAAGCGAAUAUCUAUAUUUUUUCUUGCGAUUCAGUUAACAUGUUCAAAGGCAGUAUCAAUAGUGAUGAAAUUCGAAAAGCUGUAUAUUAUUAUCUAUGAAGUCGGGUAAAGAGUUUGUACUAAUGAAGACGUGUUAGUUAUGUUCACGGGUUUUUUUUUUUCAAAAAUGCGAUUGAGGGGUUUCUUCUUCUUUUAUACGUUCAUUUCGCCCGCCACCCAGUUUUUUUUUUCUCGACUGUUUUUUCCCUGACAGCUGAUUGGCGUGGCUUUUUUUUCACACUGUUGACUCUCGUCUUCGUUUCCCAUUUAUGGCGAGUGAGGGAAAACGCGGCGAGGGAAACAUCUCAUAUGCCUUGCCGUAGUACGUUACGAGUGCACCCCGACUUGCUGCUUCGAUUUUCCGUCUUAUAUUUUUCAUUUCGCCUGGCAACGAGUUCCACUUGACAUUUUUUUUUUAGAAAAGGGGUUUAAUUUUUUAAAUAUAAUAGUGAGGUCUCUUCGACUAUGUUACUAUGAAAUAUUUAGUCUCACUCAGUUAGUUAACGAAAAAAGAUUGUUUUGUCAUUUUAAAAUUGCUUCCAUUUUACCGCUGUCUUGAGAUCAAAACUGACGAUUAUUUUCACACUUCUGACGAAGUUCGCUGAAAAAAGACUUUCACACGUCUUUUACAAUACACAAUACAAUACAAUACUUAUUGGUUGUUUUAGUCAGAUGGUAUCGACUAGGCGGUGAAAAAAUUGCUUUUUUGAGCGGCACUAACACCGCCUUUGGCGAAAAAGAAGUCAAAACGUGUAGUCGAUUGAAUUGAAAGCAUGAUCUUACGGUCCUUCGCCUCGUUCUUCCACAAGUUGAUCCCUCAGUUUCGCUUGUACGGGCACGGCGGUGAUGGUGGGGCUCGGGCACGGACUCCGUGUACACUCUAGGGUAGCCUCGGCCGACUGAGAGAGCUACCACUUCGAGUGAAGAAAAUACACGGAAUUUCAGUAUUUUAUUUUUGCUCAAAGCUUAUAGUUUAUACAUUCAUGCUCAAAAAGUCCCCUUACUGUUCAAAAUCAUCAAUCGAUUUUUUUUUAUUAUUUAAACUAUGACAAACUCAUUCAUUUUUUUUUAGCCAACAAGCGCCCCUUUUACAUAAGUUAUUCCGAUGCAGACCGCUUAGAUACGUCCAGAUCCACACGGUUAAUUGAAUGCGAAAACGCGAUUGACCUCGCAGAUGCAAAUUCAUGUCGCCGUGAAUUGUUUGUUUUUGCCGGACAGAUUUUGCAAUCUGCAACCUUGGCGGAGCGUAAUCUGCGUAUAAAUCGGUCGCAUCUGAAGCUUGGUCAGAUUUUUUUGGCUUUAAAAGCGUUAUAUGUCAUUUUUGUCGAGGGCUUCAUUAUUCAAUCGUUUAAAAUGUCGACAAUGCUUUGAGUCCAAGAAAAUGUUCUUAUGUAAGAGUUUUGGUUCACAGUUUUUUUUGAAGUCAGUUUUUCUUCUGAAUUCCAGCGUUUUUCUCGAGCUAUAAUCUGGAAAACAAACUUUUUAAGGACACGCGAAAGCCUAAACUUCUGCCGUGCUCCCACUCAGUUUGCCUGUUCUGCCUGCAACAGCUGGCCUCCCUAGCGGUUGUGGUUCGUUUUUCUCUUUCCCGUAUAGGCCUUUCCAGCUUUUUUCCAUGCUUUUACGCGACAGACACUUAUGCGUAGAAAUACUGUUGGAUGGUUUUGCAGCCGGAUGCACAGUCUUCUCUGCGGUGUCCGCUGUGCCGCGAUGUCUGCAUGCUGCCUCCCGGUGGCGUGAACUCCCUUCCGGCCGCCUUCCUCAUCAACCAGCUACUCGACGUCAUGCAGGUGUGCAUCAACAAAGUUAUCUGAACGAAGAUUCGAAAAAUAUUGUUUCAUUCUCCCUGGUUUCGAAGCAUUAUUUUAACAAAUUGAAAAAGUACUUUUCUGCUUCGAAGAAGUCGUUUCGAAGAGACUAUACUCACUAUACCGGGGUUAAUUGUUUGAAUAUAGUUUUCGACUUUUCUCGACGUCCUUCAUUUUUGGAUACUCAUCCUCAAAAUUUUCAAACUAGAAAGUUUCAUUUUUUUAAUUGAAAACAAAAUCGGUUGUUUCGUGGCUUUAACAAUAAACAAAGUACGUGCUAAGCUUUUUGAGAUGACGUCAUACAUAAUCGGAAAGAAAAAACGAUGUUAGAAUUAAGGAGUAUGACCUCUUGAAGCCUUCCAGAAGCAAAGGAAAGACGUGGUGCCGUCGUGUUCGAUGCACCCGAACGACCAGCUUCUCUACUGCGAAUGCUGCGAUCUCGUCUUCUGCGAGAACUGUCAAUCUUCCAUCAUCAAGUACCUAUCGAAUGGAAAUCAAGGAAAUCACAUAGAGAUUCAGCAAAAAGUGCACCGAGCAUACCGUUGUGCCCUUCUCGAUAGCCCUCAAACGAAUGUCCGAAAUCGUCGUUUACAAGGCCAAGGUUCAAAGCGUUCCAGCUUUUGUUUUGGAGAAAUCGUUACUUUUAAAAGAAAAUUUUUGUAAUAGUUAAAUGUUAGUACUAUGCUGAUUCACCUUUUUUGUCCCAAGCGCCAAGGUUUUUCGAUAGGAUAGCUAUUGAAUAAAGUAAUGCUUGUUAUCAAUCAGAAGUGGGAUGAAAUAACUGUGUGCCCUAUUAGGGACGUCUGCGGGCCCUGGACAACGCUCACGCGGCUGUGACGCGCGAAAUCGAGGAACUGGAUGGUAACGUCGACAAAAUCGUCGAACAAAUUAACAGCACGAUGCAGGUUUGCGACAGAGACACCGCGGGGGUUCACGCUUGGCUUCUCGCCAACAAAAUCCAUGUCUAGAAAAACGACAUUCCAAAAUCCAUAUGCAGAAAAAUUUAAGGGCGCAAAAAUUAUCAUUUUGAAAAAAACCAAAUUGAACUUUACUUAUACAUUUUUUUUUCAGCUAUAAUCUUAAAAUUUCUUGAAUUUCAGGUUAAAUUUUUUCGCGAGUUCGCAGGCAUUUUCGAAAAGAUAUUUCUAACUAAAGAGUUUUAAUGGUUAAUAAUUUGACUUUUUUUUAACUUUCUGAAAAAUUGCUUCGCUUUUGAAAGAAUCCAAUCCAAAGCUUUGCUAUAUAGUUUUUGAAAAAAACAAUUUCAAUCGUUAGAAAGAAGUGUGAAGGGGGAAAGACGUUUGUUUGUGGAAAAGACCGAAAUUCGACUUGCCUCUUGCUCUCCGAAACUGUAAAAACAGAGCCCCUCUGCACAUGCCGCGCUUUUUUUUUUCUUCGCGCGUUUCUCUCUUUCUUUCCCCUCUCCCCCACCAUUUGUUCUCCGUUCCUUCUCAUUAAUUCAUCAAUUAACAAAGUCGAUUUGAGGAAGUUUCCAACAUUGUUGAAAACCGACGACGCGAACUCAUCGAAGGUGUCCGUGUGAAGCGUGAUGAAAAGCGCAAAGUUCUGAAGGACCAAAUCGAAAUGAUCGCCGACGAGAAGAAAAAGCUCGAAAAGGUUGGUUUUCUUUGUUUUCUUUGUUGUUUUUUUCUUUUUUUUGUUUGAAAUUUUGCUUUUAUUCAACUGAUGCUCUUUUAAGUCUGCUAUUGCAUAAAACGCUUCCUUCAAACAAAUUUUUUUGGAGAAAACCGUUCAAAAUAUUCGAUAUAUAAUUCUUAAUCCGAUGCAUUAUCAAAAAAUAUAGUUAGUGAUUUCUCAAAAAGCGAUGAAUCAUAUUGUUAUAUUUUCGCUUGAUCAUAUGAUAUCUUUCUCACGGAUAUUUUUUCUUCACCAUUUUGUUUACAUGUGUACUUUUCACUUCUAUGAACCCGGUUCAAAAUUCGUCUUUUUGACAAUUUUUUAUAACGCAAACAUUUUUUUUCGGUUUGAAAAGUUGCACUCUUGAAAAUUUUCCCAUUUUUGUGGGGAAACCAAUGAUGAUGACCUGAUUGUAGCUAUCGAUUUUUUCAUCUUGCGGCUAUUGAAAUGAUAACAGUACUUUGUACGCGGAUUUCUUGCCUUAAAAUAAAUAUUCCAGGAGCUGGAAUCAAACCAAAUGGACGUGAGGAACAUGGCGCGGCAGUUGAAAUCUCAGAGCGAUUGUGCGGAAGAUCGUCAUCUGACGGAGCCUCGCGAAAACGCCUUCCUCAGGAUCAACCCGGACUCUUCGAAAGUCGUCUUGAGUUUGUUUUCCAUUAUAUUAGAUUUUUAUAUAACUGUCGAAAUUUACAUAUUUUUUAAUCAAAAUUUGCGUGUUACAGCUGAAUUUUCGGCUCUAGUUUUUUAUUUGGCUGAAUACGUUCAUUUAUUGGUCCAAGCUGUAUUUCCUCAACCAAAUUUUCUUGUUUUUCAAGUUUUAUGAUCAAAGCUUUUGUAUUUUCUUACUGCCCAUUCAACUUCCGUCGAUAAUUUCAUGUUUUGUUUUUUGUCAGGUGUCCAGAAGGGUCUGUCAGAAUUUGGGACGAUCUACGCGUCGACGACGUUUCCUGGAAUGUCGACGAUCGAAGUGCCGACGUUGCUCUCGACGCACAUCGAGAAUUCGCUGGUCCUCACGUAGGAGUCGUCUGACGUCAUCCGUGUAAUCCGCACGUAUUCAGAACGAGGGACGUUGACGGCGUCAAACGCACGACUGGAGGCGAUCCCAUCGUCGCCGAGAUCCGCAAAGAAGACGAAACUUUUGGAAUCGCGGUCAACGACUUGAACAACGGCACUUAUGAACUUAUUUUCAGGUGAGCAAUCAGGCGAAAUUCCCUGUUUUUGUUGUCCAAGCAGGCUUUUCUUUCGAAGAUUGAAUCACGAAAUACAAUUGCAGGGUAAAUAAAUCGGGUGAAUACGUGGUAUCUGUGAAUAUUUUUGGAAGACCGGUAAAAAGUAGCCCCAUCACUAUUACGAUCUCACAACAUCAUGCCCCAAGGUGAGAAAAAUUCUCCGAUAUUUUGGACUCUAACUAGGAAAGUUUAGAUGGCACCUCCCAGUGGAACUGUACCGACCGACGAAGGUCGCUAUCGACCCCUCCAAUAUUUUUUACGUCCUUGACACUGGCAACAAUCGAAGUUUCUUUUUAAUUUUCAUUCAAUUCCUAUAUUAUUUCGGUUUUGAUUUCUUCUCAGUUGAAAGGAUUAUUUAUAUAUUAUUCAGACUUAUAAAAGCUGGAUUUUUUUCGUUUUAUUUUAGAAUUCUUGUUCAUGCUGCCGUGUUCAAUUUGGUUCCGCGAAAUGCAAAAUGAUCUCUGACUCUCCAACAUUUAGUGAUCUUUUUCCUUUCUCUAACGGGUAUUUCGCAUUUCGCGGAAUCAAAUUGAACACGGAAUGAAAUCAAAAAUAUCAUUUAUUCUUGUAGUCAAAAGAUAUAUAUAUAUAUAUAUUUUAUUAAAGGCUUACUCCAGAAAAUAAUAGUGACUGAUGUCAGAAAUUUACAGUUCGGGUGGUGAAAGAGAGCGGCGACGUGAUUUCCGACAUAGUGAGCGACGCGCUUGUCGAAGGAACGACGACUGGAAUGGUGGUGCUGAACAACGAGGAGAUCGCGGUCCUCAACUGGAAGACGAAGGCUCUGACGCGGAUCACGACCAAGGGCGAGAUCAUCCAGGUUCGUUGAGGGCAAAGAGAGAGCGUCUAUCGCCGUCCUGCAGAAGAUCAACUUCUCUGAGUUCCACCAACCCAUCGACUUGGCGGUCGACCGUCGCGGACGCUAUAUCAUCGCCGAUACGGAGAAGGUUGGUCUCCAGCUUUUUUUUCGAAGGAAACCUGUUUCUGAGAUAUUGAUGCAUAGGGCUCUGAGUUAUCACUGAUUUUCGACAUUUAGCGUGUCUAUGUUAUUUAAGUCACAGCGACUUUAAGGACGAAAUACAUUGCCAAUCGACAAUAAAUGAUCGUUUAUUCCUCCCUCUUUUUUUUCAAUUCGCGAAUUUACAAAUGUGGUCACAGUUUUCACGAGUCCAUUGCAGGUGUUUGUGUUCGACACUUUGAUGAGGCCGCAGUUCAGUUUCCCGGUGAAAGGAUACAACGUGACGUGUGUGAGCGUCGGCCUCGACGACGACAUUCUCGUCGGCACCAGCCAAGGCCUUCUGCUCUUCGACGGCGCCGGCCGCAACCUUCGCCAGAUUCCCGUGGCGCCGACCGACUACAGGUCACUUUCUCGGCCGAGAGUACCAGGAUCCAGAAACAGGCAUCCAAAUUUUUUUCUUUCUCUAACUUUGGAAAUAUACUUCUGGUUAACUUUUACAACUUCUGCAUCUUUCCAUUCCAAGAAACGAUUAUGUAAGCUUGCAUUCUGACAGAAGAUCAAUGCUUAGGAGGUCAACCAUUUGGCAAGUUUUAGAGAAUUCUAGACUUCGUAUUGAAAAUGCUUUCCUUGGGAAUAAACUUCUGAACUUGAAUAUAAAGAAUAAUUUUGAAACCAUUCUAAAACUAUUUUUCCAGUUGUCGCGUAGUGGUGAACUCUGUGGCGACGUGUCAGUCUUCCGGUCAAAUUGUUGCUGGCGUCACCGACACGAGAAUCAACCGAGCGAUGUUGGCGGUCAGCGACAAAAUUGUCUUCUCAAUAUAAAAAUCUCUUUUCAGGUUUCAAGCUACAAAGGCUCUUUUGCCUACAACAUCGAUUCACAGCAAGGCCGCCUACGCGCGCCUUCAGGAAUUCUGAUAUCGACAAACUCGGGCCGCUUAGGUCAGUGCUUUGUCGCCGACCACGUCACGCAUUCGGUGAAAAUGUUCCGUUACAAGUAA